AUGGGCAUAGAGAUGAUACCCGAUGUCAAGGAAUCGACAGAGCCUCCUAUAUGUCCUCAUACGGAAACCAAUCCACAACCCAAUGUGACAUACAGAUAUACUAAGCCCUGUGAUACCGACAAAAAGUCUAUCUCGCUUUCUGAUCGCACAACGUCCUUUGAGCCCCAAGCUAGUAAAGAAGGGCCCGGCCAAAAUGCCCAUCUUAUAGAACCAUCUGAGCUUGCAUCCCUCCUCCACACAGAUCCAUCAAUUUCCACCCAAAAAACACCUGGUUGA